AGACCCGCGGCCUCGUUGGCGCCUCCUGCCAAGAGCCCCUUCCUCCUCCUCCUCCUCCCCCUCCUCCUCGCGGAGUAACGACGCAACCGGCACCGGGAACCGCUUCGCAGCGUUACCCCCCUCCGUCCCACGCCCGUGGGGGGGGAGUCGCGGGGAGAGGCGGCCUCCCCGCCUCCCGUCCCCCCGCCGCCGCCUCAGCUGGGCCCGCCCUUCUCCCAGUCUCCUCCGCGGCUCCCCCCCUCCCUGCGCCAGGCGGAGCUGGAGCUGGGAGCGACGUCGUUCCUUGCCGCCGCCUCUCCCCGGUGACCGAGGGCACGGGCGCUCCCCGGUGGGACCCCUUCUCCAGCCGCUGCCCGACGCCUGGUCCCCGUCGCCGCCUCUGCCGGAGCCGGCCCUGCCUGGGAAGCAGCCAUGAGCUGGGGCACGGAGCUGUGGGAUCAGUUUGAUAACUUGGACAAGCAUACGCAGUGGGGCAUAGACUUCUUGGAAAAAUAUGCAAAAUUUGUAAAAGAAAGGAUAGAAAUUGAGCAGAACUAUGCAAAGCAACUGAGAAAUCUGGUUAAGAAGUACUGUCCUAAACGUUCACCCAAAGAUGAGGAACCCAGGUUUACUUCGUGUGUUGCCUUUUUUAACAUCCUUAAUGAGUUGAAUGACUAUGCAGGACAACGAGAAGUAGUUGCAGAAGAAAUGGGACACAGAGUGUAUGGAGAAUUGAUGAGAUACUCUCAUGAUCUAAAAACUGAGAGAAAAAUGCAUCUUCAGGAAGGGCGAAAGGCUCAACAGUAUCUGGACAUGUGCUGGAAACAGAUGGAUAAUAGCAAAAAGAAAUUUGAGAGAGAAUGCAGAGAGGCAGAGAAGGCACAGCAAAGCUACGAAAGACUGGACAACGACACUAAUGCGACAAAGGCUGAUGUUGAGAAGGCCAAGCAACAGUUAAACCUGCGCACACAUAUGGCUGAUGAAAACAAAAAUGAAUACGCUGCACAACUACAGAAUUUUAAUGGGGAACAGCACAAACACUACUACAUUGUAAUUCCUCAGAUUUAUAAGCAACUUCAAGAAAUGGAUGAAAGGAGGACUAUUAAACUUAGUGAAUGUUACAAAGGCUUUGCUGACUCUGAGCGCAAGGUUAUUCCAAUUAUCUCUAAAUGUUUAGAAGGGAUGAUCCUUGCAGCAAAAUCAGUUGAUGAACAUAGAGACUCUCAACUAGUGAUAGACUGCUUCAAAUCCGGUUUUGAACCUCCUGGAGAUUUUCCAUUUGAAGAUUACAGUCAGAAUAUUUACAGAACUAUCUCUGACGGAACCAUCAGUACACCAAAGCAGGAAGGAAUGAGAAUUGAUUCAAAAACUACAGUGGGCAAGGCUAAAGGAAAGCUGUGGCUAUUUGGAAAGAAGCCAAAGCCACAAUCCCCACCCCUAACCCCUACUAGUUUAUACACAUCCAGUACUCCUAAUGGGUCCCAGUACCCCAUAUUCUCCAUUGAACCAGUGCAUUAUUGCAUGAGUGACAUAAAAACAGGGAAGCCCAGAAUUCCUUCUUUCAGAAGCCUCAAAAGAGGGUGGUCGGUGAAGAUGGGCCCUGCACUGGAAGACUUCAGCCAUCUGCCUCCAGAACAGAGACGCAAGAAACUGCAACAGAGAAUCGAUGAACUUAACAGAGAGCUACAGAAGGAAACAGACCAAAAAGAUGCCCUCAUCAAGAUGAAGGAUGUUUAUGAAAAAAAUCCCCAGAUGGGUGAUCCAGGCAGUUUGCAACCAAAAUUAACUGAGACUAUGAGCAACAUGGACCGUCUUCGGAUGGAUAUACACAAGAAUGAGGCUUGGCUCUCUGAAGUUGAAGGUAAAGUAGCAGCCAGAAGCGACAGGCGGCACAGCAGUGAUAUCAACCACCUCGUAACACAGGGCAGAGAGAGCCCUGAGGGGAGUUACACGGAUGAUGCCAACCAGGAAGUUCGCGGCCCACCCCAACAGCAUGCACAUCCCAGUGAGUUUGAUGAUGAGUUUGAAGAUGACGAUCCAUUACCAGCUAUAGGACAUUGCAAGGCAAUAUAUCCGUUCGAUGGUCAUAACGAAGGCACUCUAGCAAUGAAAGAAGGGGAAAUUCUGUACAUUAUUGAGGAGGACAAAGGAGAUGGGUGGACCAGAGCUCGAAGACAUAAUGGAGAGGAAGGAUAUGUGCCAACAUCAUAUAUAGAUGUAACGCUAGAGAAAAACAGCAAAGGUGCAGUAACCUAUAUCUAACAGUAAACUGGCAGCUUUCAGUUGUACAUUCCAGGGAAAAUAGUGGAAAAAUAGUAAGUCACACAAUUUCAUGGAAAGCAUUAGAAUAUCAGAAGCCAGCAAUGGUUUGCAAUGGGAGUUUGUUGUAUUUUUUUUUUCAGAGAUGACCACAAUAAAUUAUGCAUCUUACAGUGGUCUGCAAUUUUCACCAAUGUCUUCUGCUUUGUUUAGCUGAUCUAGUGCUCCUGCUUUACAAAGUACUAAAUCCAAAUCAGCUAUUAAACUGAAGACGACCAGGAUUCUUGCUUGUCCUAUAGAAUACUUUUUUUUAUAGAGAACUGAAAAAUUACUUAAAGAUCUCUUAAUAUUUACUGUUCCCACUUUUAUGACUUAAAACUAUAUGCUUAAAAGAGGGUUUUUCCCUCUAAUAACUAACUGAACUCAGUUACUGAAAAUGAUGAAUUUCCUUCCUUAGCAUAUACUUGGCAGCUUUCACUUCUUAAACAGGAAAAUGUUGUCUGAUGCUGAAAGCUCAACAAAAAUACUCAGGAAAAAACAUUUUGACUAAGAAGGACAGAAAGUCCAGUGACCUGACUCCUUCCUUUUCAGUACUUGUGAUGUAGAAUGCUGUGUAUUAGACACAACUUCAUUGUUUUAACUCUAGUUAGAGUUAAAAAGAGACCCCAUGUAAUCUUGAUGUCCUACUGAACUCUCUUUCUCCUCCUGAAAAGGGAAUGAUUUUAUAUUCUUAAUCUGUGCCUGUAAGCGAAGUCUUUGAAUUGCAUUAUGUUUAGUUUGAAAUCAAGGUCUUAAAUGUACAGUAAUUGCCCUCACUGUUAAAUCACUGAGGACUGGAAACUGCAUUGCAAUACUUGAUUACUAGGAAAAAAACCCAAACAACCCCAAAAUGCUGUGGCUCAUAUUUCUAAUGAGAGUUUGUGGAAUUAAGUACAAGGCUAGUACGAAGCCACUGAGAACGGCCUGUUAGAACUGAGCACGCUUCUCUGUCUGCUAAAGGCCUUCAGUAACUUUGUUCUUUUCUUUUUCCUCUUGGACUGCAGGUUCCUGAAGCGGGUUUCUGAGAAAAUGGGCGAGAUCUUGAAGGAGGUUACAUGCAGCUGCUGGUGGGAGGGGGGUGGGGUGGGUGUACUAGACUGGGAGGCCCAAGGGGAAAAGCUAGUUGCAUGAAUGCAUGCAGACAUACAUUUAGUCACUAACAUCUUAGCAUCUCCAUACCUAGGUAAGGAUGUAUUACAAAUUCUUCAAUUUGUGCAGGAAAAUAGACUUCCAUUACCAGAGCAAAAAGGCUACUGCUCCUAAAACUGCUUUGUUUUCAUUGUCCUUGGUUGUCUCAGAUGCACAAACUAUAUUUUAGUUUGUGCUGUUUUGGUUAUCUCAAUUAUACUCUUUUCCAUCUCAUUUUAGUGGUGGUAAUUUAGAGCCAUCUGUAGGUUAUCAGUCCGCCUGUGCCACCUCCAUGCUCACAGUUAACCUCCUCCUGCAUGCCUAGGACAGUCAGGCAUGUCUGCGUAACACUUUGCCAUCAUUGCUUGUCUUAUUUUGUAACAAAUCGUUUUCUUUAAAGAUCUUCAGCACUAGAGUUUCAUCCCAGUAUCCAUGUAUGCUGCUAUAACUAUACCACUGCAACCAUCAUUACAUUCCAGUUUUUGGCAUAACUGAUAAGAGACCAUAAUGUAUUUGUGUUGAUUUGGGGAAAUAAUACAUCUCGGCUCUAGCGUACAAUGCAGUCAAGAUAAACUCCUAGAACUGUGGUCCAUCUUCAGCACUUCAGUAACCUCCUGUGCACACUGAAAACCUGGAACACCACCAGAGAGAUUCACCACUGCAAGAUAACGACUGUUGUCAGAAGUCAACCACUUGCCAUUCAAAUGCUGCCUUAAACUAGAGUGCCUAAAUCUGUUGUUUGCCAACACUACCACUUACAGUAUCCCACAAAGGGCUUUGUGUCUCAGCUCUUUUCGCAGUGCUGCAGCCGCUGAGGUAGCCACGGUAGGUGUUUUCUAGAGCUCUACUUUACUGGAUACAUGGUGCACCAUGAAUUUUAUACAUUGAAACGUGUAUCUCCUCAUUUGACUUCAAUAUUUUUUUAGAAUAUUUUUAUGGAAACUUAUCUUUUAGUUUUUCACUAUGAAGUUCCAAUUUUAAUUACUGCAGUGCUAGUCCAUUUCCAGGUUAUGCUUCAUUGUAUGGACCAGUUGAAAUUUGAGUGAUACUUCGUAAUGAUCUAUGUGCACUUUUACUUGUAAACAAUUGAAAUUUGGAUAUGUUUAUACGUGUAAAUAUAGUUGUCUGCAGUGCCCCUAUU